UACGAUGAAAUUUUACAACAUUCAAGUAAACCAAAUUAUACAAUUGAUACUGCAAAAGAAUCAAUUCAUGUUGUUAUAAUUUGCAAAGAUUAUAUUUAUAUUAAGUUUAUUGAACUACGAAAAGAGGUUAAAACAGAAAUAAUAUUAAUUGAAGAAAAAAAUAAGACUUUGAUCAAUUUAAACAACAUUUUAUUAGAUUUUUUUGGAGAGUUAUCCCAAAAAACUUUAGUAAUUUCGACAUCUUCGGAUGCUUUUAAAAUUUGCCCUAAAGAUAUAGAAAUAGUAUUUGGAAGGAAUUAUAAACAAGUUAUUGUUGGGUACAGUGUACUUAAUGGUCCUAAAAAAUAUAGAGAAUCUAAUUGUGUAGGUUUGAUACUUAAUCAAAAUGAGCUUUCUAUACAAUAUCAUAAAUAUGAUGAUAAUAUUAUGAAUUUAUAUAUCUUACCAAUAAAUGAAAAAAGUUUUUUUCACAAAUAUGUUUGUGAUUUUUUAUUGUGUCAUCCUUUAACAUACUUUAAUGAUAAAGAGUUUACAGACAGGUUUAUUCAACAAUCAUCUUUAUAUAACUUUUUAUUUGAUCAUCUUCAUCAAUUUAAAAAAAAUCAAAAUGUUAAUGAUUUUAUAUCAAUUGAUAAACAUUUAAUUACAUUAACCAUCAAUAAAAAUCCUUUUAGAUCUGUAAGGAUAAAAGAAA